UCUCUCCUCCCAUUCAACAUGCGUGCUAUAACUGCCUAUAAGAUGAUGUUUGAGCUGAAGAAAAUGAUCGCAUUCUACUGAAGAAAACGAAGAGUUUAAUCUUUGCGGCGAAGAAGGAAUUCGAUCCGAUUUAGCUUUAGAUCCGCUUCUAAAGCUAUCAAAAGUGUGUUACCAUGUUUCGUCAAAGGAACAAUUCCCUUCAUGACCCAGAAAGCGAUGAGCGUCAGCACGAAUCCAAGGUGAAUGAACUUAGAGAUGCUAUUGGUCCAUUAUCUGGAUGUAGCUUGAAAUACUGUUCUGAUGAAUGUUUGAGAAGAUAUUUAGAGGCUCGUAAUUGGAAUGUUGAAAAAACAAAGAAAAUGUUGGAAGAUACUUUGCAGUGGAGAUCAACCUAUAAGCCUGAGGAAAUCAUUUGGGAUGAAGUAGCCAUUGAAAGUGAGACUGGAAAAGCAUUUAGAGCAAAUUUUCAUGACAGACAUGGGAGAACAGUUUUGAUAAUGAAACCUGGGCUACAGAACACAAAAUCAAUUGACAAUCAAAUUCGACAUCUAGUUUACCUUAUGGAGAAUGCCAUUCUUAAUCUACCAAAAGAACAAGAACAAAUGGCUUGGUUAAUUGACUACACUGGUUGGUCCAUGUCCACUAGUGUCCCUAUUAAAUCAGCCCGAGAUACUGUCCAUAUUCUUCAGAACCACUACCCCGAGAGGCUGGCUGUUGCGUUUCUUUACAAUCCUCCACGUAUUUUUCAAGCAUUUUGGAAGAUUGUGAAAUAUUUCCUAGACACCAAGACUUUCAAUAAAGUCAAAUUUGUAUAUCCUAAGGAUAAAGAAAGUGUUGAGCUUAUGAGUUCAUAUUUUGACAUCGACAAUCUCCCAACUGAAUUUGGUGGUAAGGCCACGUUGAACUACGAUCAUAACGAGUUCUCGAAGAUGAUGUCUCUCGACGAUCAGAAAACCGCAGCUCUAUGGGAAUUUACACCAAAGAACAGCCAGCCUCUCUAAUGUUCUAUGGCUUAUGAGACAACUAAUAAUUAAUAUUUUUAAUGAAGAAGAAGAUUUAGUAAUAUAACAUGAUGCUGAAAGAGUCCUAUGUCCUUAAUGGUAAUAUCUUAUAAUUCUUACCUGAGAAAAAAUGGUUGGUAUCAGAAUUUGACCAUGUAUUAUUAUUGAGUUCAUUUUGAAUUUUAAGACACUGGAAUAUUGUAAUAUUGUAAUAUUUAUCCUUAAAGUUGUUAUAUUUUUAAAUAAUCGC